GUCCCUCUCCAUCUCCUUCAUCGAUUUCCCACUGCACUGACGAAGUAGAUAAACUUUCAAAAUAAAAAUAAAAUGGAAUUAGAACUAUCACGAGUGGAUUAUACCAUUGUGGGCAUUACGUCUCAAAAUUGCCUCAAACUUCUACCACCGAGCGUUUCAAAAGAACCCCAAAAGGUUGCAGUAGCUGACAGUGAUGGAAUAUUACAAAUCUUCUCAGUUAAGAAAGAGGACAUCCAGUUACAUUUUAAAACAUUGCCAGGACCUAAAAUUUCGUCUUUGCAACUAGGCGGUGCUCAUGGGAGUUCAAGCGAUAAAAUAUUUAUUGCUGCAGAAAAUGAAGUAAGAGGGUACACAAAAAAAGGAAAAUUGUUUUUAACUUUCGACUCUGGAAUGACUGAAACUGUCUUGUCAAUGUUUGUUUUGGGCAACGAUUUAUUUUUAUGUGGCAGACAUAUUUACAACCAUUACAGGGACUGUAAAGAUGUGGGUUCUUACUUAUGUGGUGAUCAAAUAGUCGACGUAAUCGCGUUUUAUGCUGACAGGACUCGUAGACUUAUGUCCUUGAUAGCGUGUGAAGGACGAAUGAUACGAGCCUUGGAACAUGCAAGGGUCACUCUAAGUAUGGAAGUGGAGAGUGCACCAACUCUUCUUCAUGUCCUUGAACAGGAAGGUACCAAAACAGUGUUGUUUGGUACCGUCGAUGGCCGAAUUGGGAUACUAGACGUUGAAAAGUUGCACGGUUUUGACCGUUGGCUUAUUGACAACUCCUCAAACUCAAGUACCAUUUCUUGUGUAGAUACUUACGACAUGACUAGCGGUGGUACCAAAAACCUGAUUUUGGGACGCCAAGACGGUACCAUUGAAGUAUACGUAAUCAAUGUAAAUGAUAAAUUAGACUCCUCAGUGCUUAUUUAUUCACAUGUGAGUACAACCGGCCUUGAUCGUUUCAUCGACCCAUUCUCACGCAGACAAAAACCAAUUAACAAGACUUUCAAACCGGUUUUGCAUGAUCAAGAUCAAUGUCACUAUCACUUUUUUCCUACAGAAUUGCAACGAAAGUAUUUCAUCACUGCAGUGUGGGGUCAUCGGAACCCAAGGUUUCGACGAGAUCUUGGUGGUAACCUACACCGGACGCAUUUUUGGCCUCACUACUGAGGCAGUUGAUAAAAGUGUGGCUGAUAGCAGCAUGGGGAACUAUAUUUAUUCACAAGAUACGGGCAACAAAAUUAAUAAAUUGAAAAGCGAAAUUGAGGACCUGCAAGUUAAAGUUUCCAAAGAACGGGAAAAAUAUCAAAACUCAACUCAGUCUUUUUUUGAGGAGUUAUCAGCAAUCCCCUUGCUUUCAGUCAAAGAUUCA